AUGGUCGAGCGGUUUCACCGCCAGCUGAAGGCCUCCCUACACGCCGCGGCCGAUCCGGAGAACUGGACGGACCACCUUCCCCUGGUCCUCUUGGGUAUCCGCUCCGCUCUGAAGCCGGACCUUGAUUGUUCCGCAGCUGAACUGGUGUUCGGUGCCACCGUCCGACUCCCCGGUGAGAUGAUCUCGCCAACCCCACAAGGUGCGGUUGAGGAUCCCACCAACCUCCUGCAUCGCCUCCGGCAGUUUAUGCGGACACUUUCCCCGGUUCCUCCCAGGUGCUCCGCCUCUCCGUCUUAUCUCGAGAAGGACUUGACAACGUGCUCUCACGUCUAUCUCCGAUGUGAUCGAGUCCGCCGGUCCCUGGAACCACCCUACGAUGGCCCCUUCCGAGUUAUCUCUCGUGGGACGAAGAACUUCCGCAUCCAACGCGGCACUCGUGAAGAGGUCGUGAGUGUGGACCGUCUCAAAGCUGCCGUCCCGGACACUCCUCCGGAUGAGCCCUGUGGUCCCCCUACCCCCUGCUCCGCCUCCCCGACCCUCUAUUCCACCGUCCCAUAUACUUCCUCUGCCCCCAUGUCCGCAACCCACAACUCCAACUACUACUUCAUCAACCAGCAACACUGUAACCGCGAGCCAUACUCACUCUACUCCUGUGCCCCCUGUAUAUAUCACCCGUAG